AUGCCUCACUUCUACAACAUGACGUUGUCGAAGACCUCGGCCGUCACAUGCGCGGUGUAUGGUAACUUCUCGGCACCGAAAGCUCAGGAGAUAGUCGUGGCCAGAGGCUCGACCUUGGAGUUGCUGCGUCCUGAUGAGCAGAACAGGCUGCAGACUGUGAUAUCUGUCAACUGCUUCGGCCUCAUACGUUCGCUGGAGACCUUCCGUCUGGUGGGGGCCAAUAGGGACUACCUCCUGGUUGGCUCUGAUUCGGGUCGAAUCGUCAUUUUGGAGUACAACACUACGAAGAACAUCUUCGAUAAGGUCCAUCAGGAGACCUAUGGCAAGACGGGGUGCCGACGUACUGUACCUGGUCAGUACUUGGCUGUUGACCCGAAGGGAAGGAGUUGUAUGGUCUCGGCUGUGGAGAGGCAGAAGUUCGUCUACAUCCUCAAUAGAGACCUUCAGUCGAGAUUGACCAUCUCGUCCCCCCUGGAGGCUCACAAGAGCUACACUAUCGUGUUUGCCACGGUCGGCCUGGACGUUGGCUUUGACAACCCACAAUUCGCUGCUAUCGAGUGCCAGUACGAUGACUUUGGGAAAAAAGGCCCUAACCCGCAGAAGUUGCUGACUAUAUACGAGAUGGACCUCGGAGUGAAUCAUGUAACUAGAAAACACAGUGAUAAGAUCCCCUUCACGGCCCAUGACCUCAUCCCUGUACCUGGGGGCACCGAUGGGCCUGGUGGUGUCCUGCUCUGCUGUGAGAACUUCUUGUCGUAUUACAAACAGGGUCAUCCUGUAUUGUCGUGUGCCAUGCCGAGGAGGUUGGAUACUCCUGCUGAGAAGGGCCUUAUGGUGGUCUGUUGGAGUCGGCAUAAGCUGAAGAAUUUCUUCUUUUUCCUCAUCCAAUCCGAGUAUGGAGAUCUCUAUAAGGUUACUCUUUCCCAUAAGGAAGGAGUAGUAUCGGAAAUACAGUGCAGUUACUUCGACUCGAUCCCAGUUGCCAUCUCGAUCUGUGUGCUGAAGACCGGCUUCCUCUUUGCCGCUUCGGAGUUCGGCAACCACGCCCUUUAUCAAUUCGCCAGCUUGGGCGAUGUUACCCCGGCGUUGGUGACAUCGUCUCAUCCUAAUAGGGAGAAUGCGGUGGUGGCGUUCAAGCCGAGAACGUUGAAGAAUUUGACGCCUUUCGAUGAGCUCAGCAGUCUGGCCCCUAUCACGGAUAUGAAGGUCAUGGACUGCUUCAGCACGCAGACGCAAGUGCUGCAAGCUGACGGCAGUGGUAUGCAGCAGACGGUGACCACUGGGAUGUCCGUGGGGUGUCAAAUUUACGCCCUGUCGGGUCGGGGGCCACGCUCAGCGUUGAGGAUACUGAGGCAUGGUCUGACCCUCGGGGAGGCGGGGGCCUCAGAACUGCCUGGACAGCCUAAUGCACUGUUCACGAUUAAGCCCUUCGGGGCUAGCUACGCACCGGUGGCAGAGGGAGAGGUGGAGUCUGACCGCUACAUCGUCGUGUCGUUCGUGGACCAGACGCUGACCUUGUUGGUGACUUCUGAUAACAUUCAUGAGGUUACUGACUCGGGGUUUGCUAAGGAGCAGCCGACCCUCUUCGCAAUGAGGAUGCAGGAUAAGAGCGCUAUCCAGGUUAUGCCCACGGGUAUACGUCAUGUCGCGGCAGGCAGAAGGACCACGGAGUGGAGGGCCCCGCCGGGCCGGCAGGUUACUAUGGCCGCUAGCAACGGCUCGCAAGUUGUCAUUGCUCUCUCGGGAGGAGAAAUACAACUCUUUGAGCUUGAUGCUGAUACUAAUGGUCAUCUCAGUGAGGUUGCCAAACGCGACAUUGGGUGUGAAGUGGCGGCCUUGACGGUUCAACCAUUGUCAUCUGGUCGAACUCGGAGCCAGUUUAUGGCAGUAGCAGGAGUGGAUUCCUCGGUUCGCGUCCUUUCCCUCGAUUCGGACCGUCCACUGCGUCAGCUGGCCGCCCAGGCGUUGAGGACUACUGCCUCGUCGGUGUGCAUGCUGCAGUUUGGCGAGGGCACGACGGCUACGAUUUACCUCGCUAUUGGUCUCGAAGACGGGGUCUUGGUUCGUUCGGUUGUUGAUGGCGUGACGGGCCAGCUGUCGGACCAGAGGCAGAGGGUGUUGGGCCCACGACGGGUUACUCUUUGCCCUAUUACGGUAGAUGGUGGACGGCCCGCGAUGGUGGCAAUGAGCUCGAGGCCUUUCCUUUGCUUCCAAGCUAACGACUACUCAGCAGCUGGGGCCUCUGGGGGACAGUACCAGUGUGUGCCACUCACCAAGAUACCGGCCUUGCCUCGCUUCGACCAUGCAGCGCCCUUCAGUAUUGAGAACUGCCAGGAGGGUAUAUGCACAACGAGUCAGCGUGUGUUGAGGAUCGUCAGUGUGGAGAGGCUGAACGAGACGUUCAAUCAGGUGAUGGUGCCGCUGUCCUACACUGGGAGGAAGUUUUUGCCGUUGCCGCCGCCCAGGCUGUUGUCGGGCCAAAUGGAUGCGGCUCAGAUGGACAACAGGAUCAUGCUGGCCGUGAUGGAGUCCGACCACAAUACAUACAAUGAGGAAACGAAGACUGAGAUUAGGGAUGCUCUUAGGAAGAUCAAGGUGGAUGCAGGAGAGGAGGAAGAUGCGGAUAUGGACCCUCCGCCGGAAAGCCAAGUAAACAGUCUUGUUGGUACCUAUAUCGCUGGACAGGGCAAGUGGGGCUCGUGCAUUCGAGUAGUGGACCCACUUACGGCGUCGACCUCCUUUAAAUUAGACUUGGAUGUGGACGAAGCCGCUACUGCUAUGACGGUAUGCUACUUCUAUCAGUUGAAGGAUAACCGGCCAUGUCUGGUCGUGGGCACUGCCACUGGUGUGGACCCUCAUAACCCGUCGAGAUCUGCGCACGGCAAAUGUUACAUCAAAACGUAUCUUUAUGAUGAGAGCUACAACUUGCAGCUCAUCCAUGUAACGCCUUUGGAAGGUGUUCCUUCUGCGAUGUACCCAUUCGAGGGUCGGCUGCUGGUGGCCUUGCGUGGAUCGCCGACUGUCGCGCCCGUCUUGCGCAUUUACGAGUUGGGUAAGAAACGUCUGUUGAAGAAGUGUGAAUACAAGUUCUUGCCGGAGUCGGGUGGAAUCAUGUGGCUCGAUGUGAACAAGGAUCGCAUCUUCGCCGCUGAUAGCCGCGACAGUAUUCUAGUCUUGAGGUGGCGAUACAGCGACAAUCAAAUGCAGGUUAUCUCGGAUGAUACUUAUCCGAGGUGCAUUACGGCGGCUGCUGUUCUUGAUUAUAAUACGAUAGUCGUUGGAGACAAGUUUGAUAACAUCGCUGUCCUGCGAGUUCCGGGGGAUGCCAAGGAUGCUGGUGCUUGGGGAAGAGACAACGACUAUGCAUCUGGGAAUACGUUUAAGAUGGACUUGAUUGGUCAUUUCCAUGUGGGAGAGACUAUCACUUCUCUCCAGAGGGUUACGAUGGUAGCAGGCGGAGCGGAGAUCGUCAUUUACUCCACUGUUCUUGGCACCAUUGGAGCUCUUUAUCCCUUCUCGUCCAAGAGGGAACAUGGCUUCUUACAGGCAUUGGAAAUGCACAUGCGCAAUACAGCGGCUUCACCUAGCCUUACCGGAAGAGAACAUGUUAUGUAUCGUUCUUUCUACCACCCUAUAAAGAACUUCGUUGAUGCUGACCUGUGCGAAGUAUAUUACCAACUCCCGGCUGAGAAGCAGCGACAAAUUGCUGUGGACAUGGACAAGACCCCUCAAGAAGUGAUGAAGAAGUUGGAGGAUAUCCGCAACCGAGUGCUCUAA